CUGCUGUUGCGCGGACUGGAUCAUAAGUCAGCCGCUCCCAUUCCUCACAUCCCUCCGCGCUCCUCAUUGUGCUCUGCUGACUCAGUGCCUUAAGCAUCAUCCGCUCUCAAGCCACUGGCACAAACCACGACCGCUGUGGAAAUUAUUACGGAUUCAAGAAACGACACCAUGGCCAAGACAGCUAUUGCAUACAAGGAGAAGAUGAAGGAGCUGUCCAUGCUCUCGCUCAUUUGCUCCUGCUUCAGCCCACAGACACGCAACAACAUUGUCUGUGAGUUUGAAGAUAUGGAAGUAAAACCCAUAAAUAAAAGGGCCUCAGGUCAGGCCUUUGAGGUGAUCUUGAAGCCCCCUUCACCGGUGUCAGACGCAGCCCACAGCAUCACCUCUCCUCCAAAGAAGAGGGACAUGUCACUGGAUGACAUCCAGAAGAAGCUGGAGGCGGCUGAGGACCGCAGGAGGUCCCAGGAAGCUCAGGUGCUCAGAGCUCUGGCUGAGAAACGUGAGCACGAGAGGGAUGUGCUGUUCAAAGCCAUGGAGGAGAACAGCAACUUCAGCAAGAUGGCGGAAGAAAAGCUCAUUCUGAAGAUGGAGCAGAACAAGGAAAACCGUGAGGCCCACCUGGCAGCCAUGAUAGAUCGCCUGCAUGAGAAGGAGCGGCAUGCUGCAAUCGUCCGCAGGAACAAGGAGCUGAGGGAACAGAUAGUAGAGUGAAGCUCUCCUCCUCCUCUUCAUACCCUUCAUCAGCCGACCUCCAUCCUAUUCUGCUCACAUACACACACUCACACACACAACCAGUCAAAACAACUAGUAUCACAGUCCUAUACUGUUUGAAUGGUCUUGCUUGAUUUCAUAGAGUAAUGGGAAGACACAAGUAUUAUUUUGUAAAUACAUCUUUUUUUAUCUAUCUAUCUAUCUAUCUAUCUAUCUAUCUAUCUAUCUAUCUAUCUAUCUAUCUAUCUAUCUAUCUAUCUAUCUAUCUAUCUAUCUAUCUAUCUAUCUAUCUAUCUAUCUAUCUAUCUAUCUAUCUAUCUGAUUGAAUGAUAACAAAUCAAAUGUAUCAAAUCUACAGGAUGCAUUGCGUUAUUUCUUUUAUUGGAAUUCUGUUUUUGUCAGGUUCAGGCACGUCUGGUUUGAUCACGUGAAAGGUUUUUCGGUGUUGUGAGUAAGCUGCUCGCUUACGUUUGCGGUGUUAAAUGAUGUGAAGUUUGGUGUAAUUGUGAAGAAUGCAAAAAAAAAAGCAUCAGUGCUCAGGCCCCACAGAUCUACAUUCUAAAAAGCAAACAUACCCCAAGACUCAUGAAUAUAUAGUGCACUUAAGUUUAUAUACAGCAUGAUCGAAAGCGCAGCCACCUUUUCCUGAACUAGCUUGAGAUAUGAGUACUGAAACAGAUUAAAAUAGUGUCUCAUUUGUAACCUUCUGCAUUUUCGUUUCUUUGCUCUGUGAAAUGAAAUAUCACCCUCUUGAAAUCUGCAUGUCGACAUCUGCAAACUUGCUCUUUUGUUGGCUGAUGAUUGGAAACGCUGCACCCUUUUUGGACCCUUCGGAUAGACAGCUUGACAUGGCCUGCGUUAAACUGCAAAAGAAUAAAAAAAUAUCAGCCAGUUCCGACCCUGUUGCUCUUUUGGUGACCCACUCAUUGAUUCAGGCCUUCGGCACUCAAGGCUGAUGUUUGUCAUCUAGCAGGAGUCCACUUCAUCUUCAUUAGUACAGCAGUGGUGUAAUUAAAGGAGCUGAAUGUUCUGACAUCUGUCUGGCUUGAUAAAAUAGGUAACAUCUUUACCAGCUGAAUGUAUCCUCAUAAACUCCCAACUACAGCCUUUGACGUGUGACUAUUUUCUAUUUGCUUCAUUUGGAUGAGACUGGAGUGAAUGUGUGCGUGUGUGUCCCUGUUAGGCUGACUGAGCAUUUGUGACCUUUAUCUCUGGAAGUGAAGCGAUGGGAAGAUGCUGAAUAUGCACUGAAUGAUUAUGGUUUUAUGUUGAAUUCUUUUCAGAUCACUGUCUUCUCUAUAAAUAUGCUUGAAGUGUCUUCAGCUGCCAAAAUUGUCUUUCCCCCCUCUCAUUUCUGUGUGUGCAAACUUUGGUGAAAAUAAAGGUUUGGGGUUCUGUGAA